AUGCUUUCAACACCAGGGGCUGCCCCUGCGGCAGCGGCUGCGGGGGCCCCUUGGGCCCCCCCUGGGGGCCCUUUGGGUAGGGUAUACGGUCCUCGUAACGUGUUGUAUGUACGUAACCUGUCUCCUCUAGUUACUGAGGAGCAUCUGAAGGCAAUCUUCUCGCACUGCGCUCAGCUGCUGCGCGUAGAGUUUAAACCACUUCCAGGGGCGUCCGGAGGCGGGAGAUAUUGCGAGCUUGAGUUUGCAGACAGUGCAGGCAUCACAGCAGCCUCUCAGUUGAACGGCACGGAGUUGCUGGGUCUCCCUAUGCAGGUUUCUGUGCUUAACCCUGGGGGCCCCACAGCAACCCCAGCUCCAGGAGCCGCGGGGGCCCCUGCUGAGAACCUUAUGAGGCUUGUAACACCCUUGCCGACCCCUGCUGUUGCCGCUGCUACCCCUGUUGUCUUGCCGCCGCCUGUUCAGCCAUUGGGAGGCAUAGCAGCAGCAGCAGCAGCUGCUGCUGCUGCUGCUGGCGUGGCUGGAGGAGCAGCUCCACUGCUGGCAGCUCCUGCUGCCCUCGGACUCGCAGCAGCAAACCCAGCGUUAGCUGCUGCUGCUGCUGCUGCUGCACUCCCUACCACAGCUGCUGCGCUGCUGCCGGUUGCUGUGGGAGCUCCAGCUCCCGUUACAGCUGUUGAGAUCGCUAUGCAAAAUCAUCUAGCAAACCUGCAGGCAGUGCAGGCUGCUGCAGCUCAAGCGAAGCAGCUAGCCGCGCGGAAGAAGAGUGAAUUGGGUAUAGGUGUUGCUGUAACAGCAGUAGACGGAAGGCUGCCACCUGCACAAUCUCUUGUUUCUGGGGUGCUUGUUGCUGAGCCUGAGACAGAGCAGCUGGAGAGGACUUGCUUUAUUGAAGGCUUUCCUAAUGAGCUUGUUGGUGGCUGUGUGCUGCAGUACGAUGAAAACGAAGUGAAAAUGCUUCUCAGCGGCCUCGCGAAAGUUGUCUCUCUUAGACUCUCCACAAACCCCAAAACCCCCAAAUAUGCAAUUGUUGAGUUUGAAACAUCACAAGAUGCAACGGGGAUGUUGGCGUUAGAUGGAAAAAAUAUUGGGCCCUCUGUUUUAAAGGUUAAGCGCUCUUCGUCUUUGGUUUCCUUCCGCGACCCUGACGGUGUUUUGUUUGAAGUGCCGGCCCCUCCUAUUUUAUCUCAAAUAAAGCAGCAGCAGCAGCUGCUGCAAUCUCCAGAGCAGCAGAAGGAGCAGAUUGAAAUACGAGACAAGAAGAUUGCUGCAGCAAGAGAGGCAAUUGAGAGGCGGCUUCGCCGUGAGAGGGGAGACAAGGGGGCAGAGAAGGCCUUGGAGAAGGAUAACGACAAGCAGCAGCAGCAGCAGCAGCAGCAACAGCAGCAACAACAGCAACAAACGAGGAGACGCUCCUAUAGCAGAAGCAGAAGCACAAGCAAAAGCAGCAAGCGCGCCAGCCAAAGCAAAGAGAGAAGACUAAAAGAUAGAAAGAAAACAAGAGCGGGGGGAGGCGUCGCCGGAAAGGCGAUCCCCAGCGCAAGGGAGACGAUCGCGCAGCGCGAAAAGCCGAUCCCGCAGCGCGAAAAGCCGAUCCCACAGCCCCACAAGACGAUCCCCGUCUCCAAAGGUACACGCGGGAAGCCCAGAAAGACGAUCCCAGACGCCGCGGAGACGAUCCCAAUAUGA